AUGCCCCUACUGCCCACAGCCUCUACUGCCCACGGCCUCUACUGCCCACGGCCCUACUGCCCAGGGCCUCUACUGCCCACGGCCCCUACUGCCCACGGCCCCUACUGCCCACGGCCUCUACUGCCCACGGCCCUACUGCCCAGGGCCCCUAAUGCCCACGGCCCCUACUGCCCACGGCCCCUACUGCCCAUGCCCCUACUGCCCACAGCCUCUACUGCCCACGGCCCUACUGCCCACGCCCCUACUGCCCACGCCCCUACUGCCCAGGGCCUCUACUGCCCACGGCCCCUGCAGCCCACGCCCCUACUGCCCACGCCCCUACUGCCCACGGCCCCUACUGCCCACGCUACUACUGCCCACGGCCUCUACUGCCCACGGCCCCUACUGCCCACGCCCCUACUGCCCACGCCCCUACUGCCCAGGGCCUCUACUGCCCACGGCCCCUGCAGCCCACGCCCCUACUGCCCACGCCCCUACUGCCCACGGCCCCUACUGCCCACGCUACUACUGCCCACGGCCUCUACUGCCCACGGCCCCUACUGCCCACAGCCCUACUGCCCACGGCCCCUACUGCCCACGCCCCUACUGCCCACGGGCCUUGUGCGGCUCUUUCCAUUAUAG